GAUGCUCUUAAGGAGCAACAAGCCCAAGGAAGCUUCACUCCAGAGGGUAGAAAUGAUAUCUUAGUAGUUGCUACAGGCAAGCCAGAGCAUCUGGGUCAUGUGAGGAGUGUUGGAUAUGGUGUAGGCAUUAAGGACUACUUUGGAGCACCUGCACGUCUCAAUUCAAGAGGUGUAGUGACUAGAGAAGAGCUUGAUACAUUGAUAUCUACUGUGAGGCAGCAGACUAAGGAUGAGUUUGAAGCUUCAUUUACAGCUCGGCUUCUAUAAAUGAAAGAGCAAAUGAAGGAGGAGAUGAUGAGCAUGAUGAGCUCUCGACAGGAGACAACUGCUGAACUAGUUUAUACGUCUCUUGCAUUUCAUAGUACAAAAGGGAGUAAUGUUUUUGAGCGUGUGUCAGAGGGUCCUUCUGGUGACAACAUUGGUGAACCAUGUGAGAUAUUUCUAGAAGAUCCUGAUAAACGCUUGGUUGCUCUUGGUAGCAUCUACAGCUUGCGGUCAACCAUCUACCACAAGAAAAUUCAAGAUGAUCAAGUAAGAGUGGUGGUUGCAGAUUUAAAAGUGCCAGAUGCUUUGGUUCUAUAUCCAACUGAUGAGGUGAAGACCGUGGUUGAAGCUAUUGGCAAUUUUAUCCUAUGGCCCAAGAGACUUGUGAAUCUGGUUCAAGCUGUGAAGCUUUCCUCGUCGAAUCUCUCAAAGCUUCCACAAGCCUCGUUGACUCCGCAUCAGCAAAUGAUCUUAAUGGUGUAUGAUUUAUCAUUCAAAUUCAAGAUUUUAGAAAUAGAUCCGGACGUUAUGGGUAAGAAAGACAUGAUAGUGACAAUUGAACAAGAAGAUUUGGUUCGACUUCUGUUGAAUAAUCAGCUUACCACACUACGUAUUAAACUAUUUAUGAUGUAUCUUCAUCAUUUAUGCAUUACAUCGGGCAAAGGUGAUAGUUUGGAUUCCUUUGCCCUCAUCACAUGA